AUGGGUCCGCCCACCGUGGGCUACUCCGUGUCCCCCAUGCAGGACGUGACGCUGGAGGCGCUGCUGUCCGCCUCCACGCCGCGCCACUCCUCGCACCUGUCCGGCCUGCGCACGCUGCCGGCGGUACUCGUCGAGAGCAGCAGCACCGCCCUCGUCCACGUGGCGGGCGGGGGCCGGCUGCCCUCGGCGGGGGGCCCGUCGUCGGCGACGCACGUUGAGGCCCGGUCCACGCCGCGGGAUGUGCUCGAGGACCUACUGCCCUUUGCCCUGGACGGCGAGGCCAGCAGCGUGGAGCAGGCGGCAGGGGAGGGCGAGGGCCAGGCUGGAGAUGUGGGCGAUGGAGGCCUGGACGGCGGCCGCGCCACCCCGCAGCCCGGAGAGCAGCAUGGCGGCGGCGGCGGCGGCGUGGGUGGUCACCCUGGCCUCGGUGCGCUGGCAGCCGUGGACGGCAGAAUCAUCGUGUGCGUGCCAUCGGCAACGCAGGGCGCCGUACCGAGUUCCAUGUCGACCCAGUCGGCCGGAGCGCCCGGGACCACCGCGCUGGCGCUGCCCAGCCCCUUUGCGUCGGGCGCACCCCAGGCAGGGCACCCCACCUCGGCCCCCCCGAGUCAAGACAGCGACGCCGCGGUGGGGGCCUUUGUGCGCCUGCUGCGCGACGCGCCCCCGCUGCAGGCCUGCGGACGGGGUGGGGUGGGCGCAGCUGCGGGCAGCGGCGGCCCGCACCGGCGUCUGACCGUCGCGGCGGGGCUGGCGCGGCUGCAGAGCCUGCAGGACCGCCUGGCGCGGCAGGCGGAGGGCAGCCUCGUGGCCUGA